CUGAGGAGCGGCUGCAGGGAGCGGGACAAACGGGGGUGCAGAGAGGGGUUUCGGCCGGUUUUUGAGGAUGCCCGCUGGGGAGGAGGCAGAACACUCCAGCUCUGCUCUCCAGACUGCUGUGGGUUCUCCUUGGAGCCGCGGAGUUUCAUCUGUCCCAAACCUGCUGGGGAAACGCCCCGUGAAGCCACAGGAGCCCUGGCGCAGCCUGAGCACCCCCAGCCCGGCGCGCCCUUCCCCCUCAGCCCCCUCAGCUCCCGUCCGAGGCCUUCGGGGCCGAAGGGCUCCCUGAGGGGACACCCCAGGGUGAGGAUGGGACAGCCCCAGUCCCGGUCUAGCAGAGACAGCACCAUCAAGGGUUAACCAGAAAGCGAAACUGAGCGAGCGGCUUCCUUGCUGAUUUCUCGGAAAUCAGCUGACCGGCCACCCCCCUUAGCUCCGCCUUUCCUGCAGCCCUCGGUUCCUCAGAGCACCAACAGACGCACGAGAGGUUGGUGGCGUGAGGCGCCGCGGUCCCGCGGUACCGGGAUUAGAGCAGACUCAUCGCAGAUCUCGCUCCUGCCCAGACGACCAUGGGUACACGCGUAGUCACCGUUGCAAUCGUCACUCUGCUCAUCAUUGCAUCUACAAUUGGAGGAGCAGCAGCAAAGGAUCGCAGGUCUGAGGAGGAUAAUGGAAGUGUCAUUGGAACUGUCAUUGGAGCCACAGUGGGAGCAGGAUUGGCACUGGUUGGCCUCCCCGUGUGCCUCGGCGCACUGGGUUUCACCGGGGCCGGCAUCGCCGCCGGCUCCGUCGCUGCCAAGAUGAUGUCGGCAGCUGCCAUCGCCAACGGCGGCGGCGUGGCUGCUGGCAGCACCGUGGCUGUGCUGCAGUCCGUUGGAGCUGCAGGACUCUCUCUUGGUGCCAAAGCUGGGCUGACAGCUGCCCUGGGCUCAGCUGGUGCUGCCGCCGGUGACUAUAUAACUGAGUGAAAGAAACCUCCAUGCAACAAACCUAAAAAAGGAUAAAACCUCCACGUGAGAAACCCACAAAAAAGUAACUUGGGUGACAAACCUGUGGAGGAGACAACUGCAGACGAGCAAACCAAGAGAAGCCAAGCCGGUUCCUGGUCCCAAAGCCUUGCCUUGCACAAUGCAGGUGCUGGGAAACCCCCACAGACCCCUCAGGCUCUGCCUUCCCCUUUCAAAAGCUUUGGAUUGUCGUGAGCAGCGAUUUCCCUGAAGCCAAUAAAUGUGCUUUGCUUG